AUGUUUAUCAAGAAGAAAUCAUCGUUCAGAAUCUACUGUGCAAUUCUGAAAGCAUUCGGAUUAACACUUUGUAUAAUUUUCAUAUUACAUAUAUAUUUCAUGCGUACAACUGUCAAAUAUGUUACCCUACGAAAUCACUCUGAAGAAGCAAUUAUUGUACGCAAUAUGGCACAUAUUAACUGCAAACGCACAUGUCGUACUAUUUGUAAGAAUAUUGACAGUAUUCCAUCGAGUAAGGUGAGUGCAUUGAAACCAAUUGGGAAAAUGCCAUUCAAUGGUGAAUUCAACGAAGAGAUGAACCCAAUCAACGACACAUUUUAUUCACAUGAUCUUGGUGGCGGUUGGAUGUUUAAGGAGGAGACGACGAAUUGCAACAAUGUUCCACAAUCCGGUGUAGCAAUCAUCAUUGUUUGUAGAGAUAGAUGGAAACAACUGAAUAAUACAUUGUCCGCUCUGAUUCCAGUUCUCCAGAGACAACAUUUGUGUUAUCAAAUAUUUGUUAUUGAACAACGGGGUACUGGUAUUUUGAACAAAGCUCAGUUGAUGAACAUUGGUUUUAUUGAAGCACGUAAACGUUUCGAUUUCGACUGUGUUAUAUUUCAUGAUGCCGACUUAAUACCAUUGGAUGAUAGAAUACCACAUGGUUGUGAUGAAGAGAUGAUGGGGAGUGUGGUUCAUUUGAGUGUUGGAGUGAGUUCAUGGAAUUAUGUUUUACCUUACCAAUCAUUGAUCGGUGGUGUUUUGAAAAUAUCGACUUCACACUUUAUACAGGUUAAUGGUUAUUCGAAUAGUUAUUGGGGUUGGGGUGGAGAGGACGAUGAUUUGGAGAGGCGACUGAAAGCAUCAAAAAUUAUGUAUAAACACAUUGAAACGUCAAUAGGCAGAUAUCUGGCUCAACCUCACACUAUACAGGUUCGAGCGAAUAGAAGCUUAGUACUUGAUUCAUUAAAAAAUGCUGCCAGUCGUAUGUUCACUGAUGGAUUGAAUUCUGUAAAAUAUAAAGUUUCAGCCUAUUCUGAGAAGCAACACUACACACAUUUUUUAAUUACAUUAAAAUAA